AGCUGCAUCAUUGUAUCUAGGUAGGACAUCAAAAUCGAGUAGAACCUAAAAAACUCGAGCUUUUACGUUUUCUUUGAUCAAAAGUAUGUGGUCUCGUUCUUUGAGUGCUUUGCUACCUCUCCCACACCGGUCAUCUCCUGUUCUCAAUGACGAGGGCGUGGAGAGCAACUUGGUGCGGGUGUCGCCAUUAGACGGUCGAUACGCAAGACAGACGAAAAAGGUUGGGGAGUACUUCUCGGAAUCCGCAUUCAUCAAGUAUCUUAAGGCUGUUGUAAGUAACGAGAUUUUACCACGCGCUAAUUACUCAACGAUUUUGGCAUUACUCAAUGAUUUUGGCAUCUCCAUCAAGAUGAAUCCAUUUUCUUUCGAAAAAUGGCGGAGAUGUACGUCCCAGAAGAAGUAAAAUCUUUUUGUUGACUCUUGCUGUAGUCAAAACUCGACGAAAUUGAAAACAUCGGAAUGAUAAAAUGUCUAACUUCUUCUAAUUGCCGCGUGCGUGUGGAGGUGGAGUAUUUCAUCGGGCUAGCGAAGAUGCUGCCACAGCUGAAAUCUCUGACGAACAAGCAGCUUUCCGACUGUCGCGGUAUCUAUGAGAACUUUAGCAUAUCCGACGCAGCCAAAGUCAAGGCAACCGAACGCGUGACGAACCACGACGUGAAAGCCAUUGAGUACUAAGGCUGAAACACAUAUAGAUAUAACAUAGUGGUGUGUUUUGAAGAAACGAGCCUUCGCAGCCGUUCCAUUUGUACUUGCUUUAGAGUUCUUGUAUUUAAGAAUCAAAUGUGAGCCACUCAUGUUUUCUCAUAAUCUGUCAGAGAAACUCAAACUUUGUGCCUGUGGCCUGCCUUUAGAGUCAUCGGGAUGGGAAUCUUGGUUGGCACUAAAAUCAAGUCUAAGACUCUUUCGUGAAGGAAAAGCUUGGCGAACUGGGUCUGGAACAAUGGAAGGAGUUUGUGCAUUUUGGGCUCACGAGUGAAGACGUGAACUGUACUGCAAAUCCGCUUGCGCUCAAGGAGUUUGUCGAGAGCGUCUACGUUCCACAGCUACGAACCGAUGUAAUACAACCGCUAAGGCAGCUCGCCGAAAGCACUUGGGAGGUCUACUCUAUUUUUUUCUCAAUCUCAUUGAUUUGACGUGGAAGUGUUUGGUUCUUGUAAUUCUGAGGUUAGCGAGAUGUUUGUCUUGAUAGCUUACAUACUAUGAAUAAAUUUCGUAGUGAUUUAGAUCUUCCUCUUGCCAGCAAUUUUAGAUGCAUGUUGCGUAAAAAUAUCCUUCCAACUGCUACGCACUUUGCGCGCUUAUAUACAGAUUCCGAUGCUGGCACGAACACAUGGGCAACCAGCGACGCCAACCAAGCUGGGAAAGGAGAUCAUGGUUUUCGUCGAACGGCUAGAACACCAGCUAGCGCAACUUGAGGCGGUGCGAUAUAGCGGAAAAUUCGGCGGCGCAACUGGUGGGCUGAAUGCACACGCAGUGGCUUUCAGAGACAUCGACUGGGUCAACUUCGCGAACCGGUGGUACCGGUAUGCAUACAGGGUUUCAAUUUGAACUCAAACUCUACUUGGACCUAAGUCCAUUUUUUCUCGGCGUGCUGAGAAUGAGAAAUAUGUAACAGCAACAGUUGCUUCCAAUACAGAGCACGGUCAAUCAACAUGAGUAUUAGCGAAGAAUAUUUAUGAUUAUAAGUCAUAUUUAAUAGGCUCAUUUACUAGUAGUCUCUUGUUUUGCUUCAUAAACUCGACGCAUUUUCGCUGGAGCGGCAGCAGUGGACGACGCAGAUAGAGCACUACGAUGACACCGCUGCUGUCUUUGAUGCGUGCAGGAGAAUAAAUACAGUCCUUCUCGACUUCUCAAAGGACAUGUGGCAGUACAUAGCGAUGGAAUACUUCAAGCAGCGCGUGGUCGCAGGCGAGAUCGGCUCCUCAGCCAUUUAUGUGUGAGUUCUUAUAGAUUUUAGAUACAUAGUACUUUGUCGUGUGUCUACGAUACGACAAACAUGUAAGAGAUAUGUUGUAUAAUCUUGUCUUCCUAUGAUUUUUUACUAAGUAAGUAAGUACGUCUACUUGAACUGAGUACUUCUACUUUCGGUUGAUUGAUGCUCAGAAGUGAUUUAUUUGAAGAGGAGGUUGAGGGAUGGUGAUGUACCCAUCUAAGAAGUGCCGCACAAAGUCAACCCGAUAGACUUCGAAAACGCAGAGGGGAAUUUUGGCGUCGCAAAUGCGUUGUUCGAACACAUGGCGAGUACUAUCUUUUGCAUGUUGAUUGAAGAUCAUUGAUUGAAUUUUGCAUUUUGAUUUCUUUGGAAGCGGAGUGUUCACAAGCACUACUUGUAAUAUGCUGGUUCUAUAUCCUCCUGCUGUGCAAAUUAUAGUACUGCUUUUAAUGAUCUCUUAUCAUAUAGAACAUCUGAUUUUAUUGAAUUUCUUGUACCGGUUCCGCGACUGCCAGAUAAAUUACCGGUUUCGCGACUCCAGCGAGACCUAACCGAUAGCACAGUCCGUCGUAACUAUGGCGUUCCAUUCGGGCACACACUUGUGGGAUUUGCUAGUCUCAAGAGGGGCCUCGGCAAGCUCACCCUGAACGCUGCGAAAAUAGAUCGAGACUUGGAAGAUAAUUGGGCAGUUGUGGCUGAGGCCAUUCAGACCAUCCUCCGACGGGAGCAAUACGAGCAACCCUAUGAAGUUAUGAAAGGUUUAAUUAGUCCUAUCAGAUGCAGAUAGAGAUAGAUUGAUCUUGACGUUGUGACGCAUAAAGUAGAAUGCUCAUAGAUUAAUAUGCUUAUUCUUCUAGUCUACGUUCACGUUGUUUUCAUGUGAACUACUACGCCUCUGCUCUAGUUCUGAGGCAUUUCUCUCUGCAGCCUAUGUGUCAUCUUCUCUCCUUUCUUACCUUGGCUCUACCCUGCACCAUUCUUGUGCAUGAUCUAGAUCUUCUGCGUCUUUCCACCUUCAUUGCACCCUUGAAGAAUUUUACGCGAGGACGCGAAAUCGACAAGGAACUGAUGCAUGGUUUCAUCCAGAGUCUGAAGGUUUCACCCGCCGUAAGAAAGGAACUCAUGUCCAUAACACCGCAAAGUUUCGCAAAUGGAAAACUACCACAGAGAACUUAG